CACUCGGUGAAGCUCCCAGCCGAGGGGGCAGCAGGCAGCGCCCCGCCCCCUGGGGCGAGGGGCACAGAGAGGGCGUCUCCCUGCCUGGCUCGGGCGCCGGCAAACCCUGGGUCCUGUGACGGGCGGGACCGCUCCGGGCUCGGCCAGCGCCGCCGCCUCCCCCGCCCGGGGCCAGGCGGAGCCAGCAGCCGGAGGAGGAGCGGGUGAGAGGUCGGCCAGCUCCGGUCGCCCACAGAGGCUGAGUCCCGGGCAGAGAGGGCGGCGGCGGCUCGCGGCGCCCGGCGAUUUACUACUCUGAUUAAACCUGAACAAGCUGGGACAAGUGGAAAGACUGCUUGUCUAGGUUAAAGAAUUUGCCCAAGGUAACACACCCACUGUGUGGCGGAGCUAGAAACCGAACACAGAUCUCCUGACUCCUACUCCAGUGUUUUGACCACGGGACCAUCUCUGCCCUACAUGCUGUAAGAGUUUGAGAGAUUUCAUUGAAAAUGACUAGCAAAACAACUAGCACAACAAACAAUAUAGCUCAGGCACGAAGAACUGUGCAGCAGUUAAGAAUAGAAGCUUCUAUCGAAAGAAUAAAGGUAUCAAAAGCAUCAGCAGAUCUCAUGUGCUAUUGUGAAGAACAUGCCAGGAAAGAUCCUUUACUAAUGGGCAUACCUGCUUCUGAAAACCCUUUCAAGGAUAAAAAAACAUGCAUUAUAUUAUAGCAGAGCAGAAAAAGAAGCCAAAUCCUAUCCAGAUUAUGAUCAAGCAAUUGUAAUUGGAUGGCCUUUCCAUAACAUCACUGAUGUACAAAUAGCCUAAUAAAGUUUAUAUACAAGUCUUGUGUAUUGAUGGAAUAAGUGAGUGGAAAGAAAACAAUACUGACUUCUAGUAGGUUACCAAUGUUUUUUUGUGUGGGGGGGGUGUUUCCCUAUAGCCAGCUAUACAAUGCCUGAAAUUGUGAUCUUCUGUAAUGAUAUUUACAGAAAUUAUUAACCACUUUUAAUUUACUGUUUUAUGUUGCAUGUGUCUAAUUUUGUAUUAAAUUAUAUAGACACUGUUAAUAAUGUUAUGUUUUUAACACACCUCCUUUCAAAAAUCUAAAUUUGAGACAUCCUGUAAGAAAAAAUAAAUGCACGGAUUGUUCUGUGCUGACAUUCAAAUUAUUUUUAUAAUUAGAAUAUUUUUCUAAUAAGUUCAAAACAAUCCAGAUUUUCACUGAUUGUAUUCACCAUAUUUCAGUCAUUUUAUAAUGCGUCUUGUUAAAAAUAGUAAUUAACUUAGCUAUAUGCGUUCAUAACUGAGCUACUAGCAGCAGUCAUGCUGUAUUUCUUCAGUUCUGUAAUAUCUUGGUUUUUUCAAAGUAACUUUUUACAACCAAAAUAUUGCCCUUUUGUUGAUCUAUUAUGGCCCGUGUUGUCAGCAAUUUGUGGCUAAAUGUUUGAACCGUUUAGAACCCAAAUGAAUAUAUGAAAAUGUAAUGUAUGCAAAUAUGGUGAUACAAAGGUCAUUUUGAUACUUGGCUCUUUCUCUUUGGCCAUUUCUAAGCAAUUGGUUUAUGCUCCUUCUUACUCAUAGAAUUUCAUGUCAGAAGUAUUCAGCUAAAUUCGAACUUUACAAACUCGUCUUAUAACUACUUACGUUGCAUUAAUUUGAGUAAUGAGUUGAACUGCAGACUUCUUUAAACUGCAGAUUUUCUUUUGACCUGAAUCCAUUUUGUUCAGUUACGACUUCCAUAUCCAAAUCUAUUCAGCAUUUUUACAACUGGAGUCAUAAGUGCCAUGAUUGUGUUUUUUAAGUUACUGAAUCAAAACAUGUAAAUGAUACAUUUUAAAGUAUUAUCACAAACGUUGCCAUAAAACAUACGCUACUGGAAAUAUUUUCAUAAACUCGGACAUGACUCAGUGCCCAUUGAAGUCAAUGAGAAUUUUGCCAUUGACUUCAGUGGGAGUAUGAUGAGACUUGGGGUGACUAGCAUACUGUACUUGUAACCUGUUGAAAGUAUCUUCAUAAAUAUUAGGAUUCUAAAUGUUCAUAGUGCCACAAUGUAUGCCUGUUUUUAAAGGAUGAGUUAAUAGUGAUCUAUUUACCUCUGUUUAAUCUGAAGUGUAUUUUUCUACUUUUUUCAUACACUUUUGACAUCUUUGCAAUGCAAGGACAAAUAGCAACUGUUUAAUUCCUUCUUAAACUUAUGCAUUUAAAUAGCAAAAGAUUUUUAUUAGAACAUAAUUGCCCUUUUACCCACAUAUAUAUGAUUAGAAAUAGGGUGCCAGCUUCUUUCAGAUGCCUUCUAACUUUUAGCCUAAAACACAUGGAAACUAUAAUAAAACAGUAAAAUACCACUGACUGCUUCUGAUUACUUUUGUGUAGGUUUUUAAAUAAACUCUGUGUAUUGUAUUUUAAACACAAUAUGUAGUGUCAUCUGAAGGUUCAAACAGCUACUUAUGUUUUUAUAUUACUCUUUAAGUAUACAAAAUGCAGUAUAAAGUAGACCUUUUUGUUUGAUGAACUUGUGAAGAGAAUGAGUCAUGCAGAUUGGGAAGAAUUGGGAAGAUAUAUGGACUUUCUAGUUAGUGAGAUGAAAUAAUGAAAACCAAACCACCCCAAAUUCAUAGCUGUUGGGAUAUUGGAGGUUGCAGGAAUGAUUUUCAGCCAGGCUAGCUAAGCGGAACCACAGUACUGCAACUUACUUAGUGCUCUGAGUGCAGAUACCUCAAAUGUAAAAUCUUUGUGAUGUAAAAUGAACCUGAUAUUAUUCCAGAAAAUUUUAGGGUUCUUUUUCUUAAACUAAAAGGCCCAUUUGCUUGGUUCCCCGCCCCCUCUGGGUUUACUAAUUUGAUUGUUUUAAUACUGUGUUGUUUUGUAUUGUAAUUGUAACUUCAGAUUCACAUGAAUGUUGUCACAAUGAUUUGCCUUUGACUUACAAAUGGCUUUAUGAAAUCCUUUUGUUUUCUCUAACAUGAUUUUGCCAUUCACCAGUAAGCCUCUUAAAGUAGUUCAUUGUGGUCUUUGUAUGGAACAGGGCUUCUUAUGAGAGAAAAAACUAUUAUCCAAGAGAAUUUGAUGGAUGGCUAAUGUUCAAUAUCAUGGAUAUGAAAUACUUUAUUAAAAAUAUCACUACUUUGUA